AGGGUCCAAAGUUUCCAGCUACGGGGAGCAAGGGAGGGGCAGGGAGUUCUAUAAUUAUUCUCUGAGAGUAUGAGGGAGGUUUGUUGCACGCGACAGCCCUUUAAGGAGGCAGGGAGCCAGCUGCAAUUCAUUUUCGGAGUUGGCGGGGUUUUUUUGUUUUCCUUUCUUUAAAAGAAAAAAAGUUGGGGAAAACUAAAAUUCCUUUUAAAACAUUAAAUUGAGUCUCCCUUUUUGUAUGCUGAAUGCUGCAUGAGUCUUAAACACUAAUAAACAGAGAAUGCAUGAGACUCGCCUCAGUUGGUCCCGGUGUUUGUUUGCAGAGUCAAGGUACUGCUUUCUGGCAGGCCCUAGUGACCGAGAUACGCAUGCGCUGCCGCAGUGGCCAUCUUUAGUGUGGGCCGAAGCCAGUGAUGCCUAAGGGCCUAACUGCGCACGCGCAAGCCUUCUCUUCCCUCUUCCUAGUAGCUUUGACUACAGUGGAGUCUCCGCGCGCCAUUUCCCUGCGCCUGCGUACUGCGAUCCUGCGCAGCCUAGGAGGCGGGUUUUAGCUCCAGGUUUGUACAGCUGCUGAGUAGACACGAACUUGGUUUGCGAGGUCCAAGGCAAAUGACUCCGGUCCAGGUGUUGGAGAGGGCAAUGUAAAAGCGAGAAAGCAGGCCCUUCCUUUUUCCAGCUCCGAGCGUGGUUUCUGCGGGUCCCGGGGAACGGCAGAAUUCUGGAUGCGUGGGGUGGGGUCUGUCCUUGCAGGGAUCUGAGCGCCCCCUUCUGGGGACCGUGCUCUGGCCGCAGUCAGCUGUUGGACUGAUUGGAGAUUUCCUUAAACCCCAGUGGAUCUCAAGCCUUUUGGGGGAGGCACCCUGGUUUGGUAACUCUAAAAUCUACUACAUUGGCUGGGCUGCUUCUAUAGUACUCUAUGUCCCUUGCCCUGGGCCAUGGAACCAUUGCAGGCAGCACAGCGGCGCCACUGUCUGAAGAAGGAGAAGUGACUUCCGGCCUCCAGGCUCUGGCGGUGGAGGACACCGGAGGUCCCUCUAUCGCGGCUAGUAAGGCCGGGGAAGAGGGGGAAAGCAGUCAGGAAGAGGUUGGGCGUGAGGGACCCAGGCCCGAGGAGGCACAAGAAGCUCCCAGCGCUGCGGGCGACGAGCGUGCCGAGGGAGAAUCCGAAGACUGGUGCGUGCCCUGCAGCGAUGAAGACGUGGAGCUGCCGGCCAAUGGACAGCCCUGGACGCCUCCACCCUCUGAAAUCCAGCGGCUCUACGAACUGCUGGCUGCCCAGGGUACUUUGGAGCUUCAAGCAGAGAUCCUACCCCGCCGGGCGCCUACUCCCGAGGCGCAGAGUGAGGAGGAGAGAUCAGAUGAGGAGCCAGAGGCCAAGGAAGAGGAGGAGGAAAAGCCGCACAUGCCUACAGAAUUUGACUUUGAUGAUGAGCCAAUGACACCAAAGGAUUCACUGAUUGACAGAAGACGUACGCCAGGAAGCUCAGCCCGGAGCCAGAAACGGGAGGCGCGCCUGGAUAAGGUCCUCUCAGACAUGAAGCGACAUAAGAAACUAGAGGAGCAGAUCCUUCGGACCGGGAGAGACCUCUUCAGCCUGGACUCAGAGGGCCCCAGCCCCGCAAGCCCUCCACUCCGGUCCUCAGGAAAUAGUCUCUUUCCCCGGCAGCGGAAGUACUGACUGUUGCUUCUCCAGGCUUCAGGUGAAGACUGUUCCUGCUGGGCGUGGCUGGCCUUUCCCAACCCAGGCCCUGGCAAACUUGUAACAGAAAAGCCUCAAGCUCCCAGCCCAGUGCCUUGCAGGAGCGUGAAUGUGUGUUCUGUCUGUUGGGUGUCUGUUUGCAGCUCUGAGCUGGACUUGCUGAGUCUAAUAAAAAAAUGCUGGAUGAUCCUCUCUUGGGAGAAACUGCAGCUGAACCCAAGCACAUGUUCUCA